CGCUCGAGGGGUGACACGGCAAUUAGCGCCGGCGGGUAUUUAAUGGCCAGCAAGGCGGGCUGGCCAGCUCAGUCCGGGCACGGGCUCGAGGCGUCACGGAGCAGGGCCGGGGCAGGCAGCGCUGGGGCAUCGGCCGAGGUGCAGAGAUGAGAGCACCCUACUCUCUGUCCUGCCUCUUCCUCCUGAGCCUGGGGGUCUGCUUCCCCCCCAGCGAGCGGCAGGAGCUGGGACACCCCGUGGAAGGGACCCCGCUUGAGCCCAGCUGGCGAGCAGCAGCUGAGGACUCAGGUGCCGGCUGGAGGGCAGGAGCGAAGCGGAGGCGAAGCGAGGAGCUGAGCAGGCUGCUGGGCAUCGCCCGAGAGCUGCGGGGCUACGGCAAGGAGGGGGCCGGGCAGCGGCCAGGCAGGCAGGGGGGCUCCGAGCUGCUGCCGGCGGGAGGGGAGAAGCGCAGCGGCACACUGGGGAACCUGGCCGAGGAGCUCAACGGCUACAACAGGAGAAAAGGGGGCUUUACCUUCCGCUUUGGGAGAUGAGGGCCUGGACUCGAUCCCCCCCCUUCUUGCGGGUCGCCCCAUCCCAUCCUUCCCUUCUAUCUCACCUAGGUUUGCUCAGACAAAAGGGUAUUGGGGGGUUUUGCUGCUGGGAUUGCCUUGGGGAGGGGGGGUCACCGAGUUUACUCCACUUGCAGCCCUGCUCCAGAUCUCACAUCCUCGUUUCCAGCCGGUGCAAUAGAAGAAGAGGAGGGUGUCUUAAAAAGAAGCCACCCUGUCCCUUCCCCGGUCACACACAGCCUUUGCUGGGGCACAGGGAAAGGGCUCGCACCGGGUCCCACCGCCGCAGUGCAGGCAGAGAGCAGGGAUGGCACCCCAG